UAUCACAAACGAAUCAAAAACAUUGGACUUUAUUCCGGUAAAUCGUCGGUAGCUUUGUUAUUUUAUCAAGCGUCGUCGUGUAUAUAAGUUCGGGCAUUUUAACGGAAGCAUCGAGUUCAUUUUAUUGUUAGGUCAUGUCUGUGUUCUGCGAAGUUUAGGUAGAAGGAAAACUUUUUCCUUCUAUUUUAAUAUUCGAUCUUUUUGCAAUUUAGUACUUGAGCAACUUUCCUCAAAGAGUGAGUAACUUAUUAAACAUAAAAAUGCAGAUUUUUGCUUUAAUAGUUUUUUUAGUAGCAAUAGGUACUUUUGGUAUUGAGGCUAUUCAAUCUCCAACAUUUAGUAAUGCUUACACGGUAAAGGGAACUUUGUAUAUCCCAUAUGCCGAAAUUCGUGAACCAUUUUAUGCAUGGUACGAUGCUGCAAGUGGAUCUAGCAGAAUUGAUUACUAUGGAGGAAUGGUGAAAACUUAUCAAUUGUCGCACAAGGGAUCUUAUGGAAAAAGUAUAAAAAUUGCUCCAAUCACUACAGAAAAUAUUUUAAAUGCAGAAACAUGUCUUGAAGUAAAUGGUACCAGGGAUUUGAAAAUUGAACCUCAGACUAUUAUUCCGGAUACAACUGGAAUGGAGUGCAUUGGUGAAGAGGUGGUUAAUGGAUUAUUAUGUGAAAAAUGGAGGCUUGUAGAGACUGUUAAUGAAAAAACAAACAAAUAUACUCUUUGGAUAAGAUAUAAGAAAUCUCCACGUGUACCACAAUUUAAAGAACCAAUUCCUGUAAGGUAUGAAAUGAAAGGUUUUAAUAGCCUGUUAGGUUCUCACUACGAUCAUUAUUAUUUAGAUUAUGAUUGGUUCUCUUCUGAGACACCUAGUUCAGAGGUGUUUGAUAUCGCGGAAAAUAUGACAUGUGUUAGUUUUCCUGGACCUGGAGAUAAACAUAUAUACACAUUUAAUCCCAUACGCGAGUUCAUUCAUAAUCAUGACGCACAUAUGCACGAAGCAUUCGAAAAUUUCAAAAAAACUCAUAACAAGGAGUACAUAGAUGAAAUAGAUGAAUUAGCACGCAAAGAAGUCUUCAGACAAAAUUUAAGAUUUAUUCACUCAACCAACCGAGCUGUUAAAAGUUAUCAGUUAGAUGUUAACCAUUUGGUGGAUCGUACCGAAUUAGAAUUAAAGGCAUUGCGUGGUAAACAAUAUACUAAAGGUUACAAUGGAGGAGCACCUUUCCCCUACAAUGCUGAUGAAGAAGUGAAAAAAGUUCCAGAUUCUCUAGAUUGGAGACUCUAUGGUGCUGUUACUCCAGUUAAAGAUCAAUCCGUUUGUGGCUCUUGUUGGAGUUUUGGCACAACAGGUGCUGUCGAGGGUGCUUAUUACAUGAAAUAUGGUAAAUUAGUACGCUUGUCUCAACAGGCUCUUAUUGAUUGUUCAUGGGGUUUUGGAAAUAAUGGCUGUGAUGGUGGUGAAGAUUUCCGAUCGUAUCAAUGGAUCAUGAAACAUGGAGGUCUUCCCGCAGAAGAUGAGUAUGGUGGUUAUCUUGGUCAGGAUGGUUAUUGUCAUGCAAAUAACGUUACAAAGGUAGCUAAGAUUACGGGCUUCGUAAAUGUUACACCGGGUGAUCCUAAUGCUUUGAAAGUAGCCAUCGCAAAACAUGGACCCAUUUCAGUUGCAAUCGAUGCUGCUCAUAAAACAUUUUCAUUCUAUUCCCAUGGUGUAUACUAUGAUGAAUCCUGUGGUAACACGGAGGAAUCAUUAGAUCACGCAGUUUUGGCUGUCGGUUAUGGUAAAUUAAAUGGAAAGGAUUAUUGGCUGGUUAAAAACUCCUGGUCAAAUUACUGGGGUAAUGAUGGUUACAUUCUGAUGUCUCAAGAAAAGAACAAUUGUGGAGUGUUAACAGCCCCCACAUAUGUUACUAUGUAAGGAAGAACAAAUAAUACAUUAUAUUUUUGUUUUUUACUUUAAACGUAUAUAAAUAAGUUAUGAAAAUAAAGUUAUAUAUUUUUUUUUAAAUGCAAUAAUAAUAAAUGUUGAACACCAUUUUCUGGGUACAUACAGAGACCUAUUGUAAAAUGAAAAAAAAAAAAUGUAAAUAAAUUGUUAAAAUGCAAGGUAAAUGAGAUGCAAUUUUAUUUGGAUCGUAUGAAAAUUAACGUUGUAGAAACAUAAACAAAAUGAUUUUUAUUGAAUAUCUGUAGCAUUUGAAAGCACUCUUAUCAUUCUCUUUUCUUGUUUUUUUUUUUUCACUAAAAACUUGGAAUAUCAAAGGACGCACAGAUACGAUGAAUUUUUGAAGUCGGUAAAGUGUAUAAGUAAAUUACAUAGUGACUGUGAUCUGCCAGUUCACAAAGAAAUGUAUAUUCGAUAUAAAA